AUGCCGGAACUCACUGCCAGGGCAGAGAACUCCUGCAAGCGAUGCUAUCGCAGGAAAAAGCGCUGCGACAAGACCCUGCCCCAGUGUCUCGCAUGUAAACGCGCCAAAGUCUCGUGCAGCUUCCUCGACGAGGAGGCCCCGGUGGCAUCCUAUCCCGUUGCCUAUGUACGAGGCUUGGAGCGCCGCGUCAAAGAGCUGGAGCAGCAGCUCGCGUCAUCGCUGACGCCCCAAGACUCACAAAACGAGGCAUCGCAUCCCUGGGACCAGGAAGCUGUUGAUAUCCCACUGGGGGAUGAAUUUGUUGCCCCUGAGCAUGUCGUAAACACGCCGCCACCUGUGCCCGCGGACAUGGUAUCAGUGAUACCCAUCGACCCUCUUCCCAGACAGAAGCCAGGCAAUCUAUCAGAAGAGCUGCGGCUGCUGUCGCUGGAGGCAGUAGCAGAGCGCUAUCUUGGUUCUUCAUCCGGCCUUUCCUUUGCCAAACUCACCCAGACAGUUCUUCACCGGUUAUCCCCAGACCAAGAUGGCUUUGUCUUUGGCGAGAACAGCGGUGACAGCGACGAAGCCCGACAAGAUCCAGACUGCGAUAUAGAUCCCAUUUUCUUCGAUAUGAAUACACUGCCCCUGAAUUCGCUAUUCGGGACCGGCGACCCGCCUGUUGAACUGGCAGACUGCGAGGAUGCAGACGCAGAUGCAAUGGAGCUGGCUUUGCUGGAGCCCGGGCAUAUCAGCUACCUCUUGGAAUUCUACUUUGCACACUCGCAUACCCUGUAUCCGAUAAUCCGAAAGACGGACGUUGAAGAGGUCCUCUGGCGGAUCUUUGCUGAUCCGCUGGAUCCAUUAGCCCAGUCUCCGCUGUGGCAGUUCAGGGUGUGGAUGAUUCUGGCGAUUGGGUCGACGACGUACUGCUCCGUCUCUUUGAUGGAUGAGACUGAGCCCGUGCGGUUCUUCAACAAGGCCAUGACUUAUUUUGAGCCGGCAAUGGGGUGCGGUGACUUGGCCGGCCUGGAGGUUUUGAUGCUGCAGGUUUCUUAUUCCUUCUUUAACAAAAUUGGGCCCAAUACGUGGUUCUUGGUGGGCGUCGCUGCUCGCAUGGCAACGGGGAUGGGACUGCACACCGACGAAGUAUACCAGACUCUGGCAGUCGACGUCGCCGAGCAGCAGAAGCGGAUAUUCUUCUCUCUAUACAUGAUGGAUCGUGUCGUGUCAUUGGCUUUGGGACGGCCCUUUGCUAUCCAAGACGACGACAUUACAGUCGAGGCAUGUCUACUUCCAUUUGCUGAUGCCGAAGACAAAAACAUAAACCCCGAAACAAUCACGCCCUCCAGCAAUCUCGAGCCAUCCACCAUGGCCGUCCCCCUGCACAUCCUCGCCCUGCGCAAAAUCGCCAGCGACAUUGGCAGCAAGAUCCACUCCACAAAGUACAGUGAGCGGCAAAGCCCCGAAGCAAGAGAGCAAACCAUCCAGCAGCUACACAAACGCCUGGUCGAGUGGCGGCGCAGCAUGCCAUUCCCCCUGCCCGAUCUCCAGUCCAAAGUACCCCAUCUCUGCACCAGCUGGUUCGACCUAAACUACUACACCCACGUUAUCAUGCUCUACCGGCCAUCCCCCCUCAGCCCAGUCCUCGACGUCUCCAAGAUGAAGAUCCUCGCAGAGGCAUCCGACAUGGCCAUCCGGCAGGCAAUCAACCUCCACCGCCAGCGCCGGUUCGCUUACAACUGGCUCAAUCUCGUGGCCGUCUUCAACUCGACUCUGUCUCUUAUGUAUACCUCUACUGCGGCCCUGGCAGACGACGGUCUUUCGUUGGCAAUGGACCAGAGCAGGGCGAUCGCGGGCCUGGAGCUGGCGGUGGAGUUGCUGGAUUCGUUUAGGAGGAAGUUUCCCUCGGCGAGGAAAAUCCAGGCUAUGAUCCAGACUGUCAUAGCACGGCUCAAUGUAUAUACCCUGUUUUCGUGGCCGGAGCCGCAGGAUUGGCGUGCAGCUGCUGGGGUCUGUCGGCAGUCAUGA